GCGCAACCCUUAGUCCCCACCCGACCGCCGGGGACAGGAGGUGGCCUGCGCUCCCGGGCUGGUCCCAAACCCAUCCGCUGCUCCAUGCUGAGCUUUAGCUUCAUCCAUCUGUACAUUCUUUAGCCAGUGUCUCUGGGGAGAGAGAGAGAGAAAGUGAGAGAGGGAAACAGAGGGGAGAGAGAAAGAAGAGAGAGGGAGGCAGGGAGGGAGGCCGGCUCUAGCUUACUCUCUCACUCUCCCUUUUUCUACUAAGUUGCUCCCGGGGCUGCCCUGAGUUCCCACAUCUGGAUACCGCAGACGCAGAGAAGGUACCAUAAGCGAGGCACCACCUCAUCACAGCGGGGACUGGCAAGAACUAAGAGUGGCCGAGCCCCUGGACGAGCCCUGUCGAAUGUCAGCGGAGAGAUGGCUUUGAGCUCAGCCUGGUGCUCAGUCCUGCGCCUGUGGCUCCUCUGCGGCGCCGCCUGCUCCCGCGCCGCGUCUGGGGACGGCAGCGCCUUCCCUUUUGACAUCGAAGGGAGCUCAGCGUUCGGCCGACUAGACCCGCCUGAGACCAGCGAGCCCCGCGUGGCUCCCGGAAGCCUGCCGCCUGCUCCCAAGAAAUGUGACGCUGGAUUCUUCUUUGCCUACUCGGAAGAAUGUCUGCCCUGUGACUGUAAUGGUAAUUCCAAUGAGUGCUUGGACGGCUCAGGACUCUGUGUGCACUGCCAGCGGAACACAACAGGCGAGCACUGUGAGAAAUGUCUAGAUGGUUAUAUUGGAGAUGCCAUCAGGGGGCCCCCCCGGUUCUGCCAGCCAUGCCCCUGCCCCCUGCCUCAUGUUGCCAAUUUUGCAGAGUCCUGCUAUAGGAAAAACGGAGCUGUUCGGUGUAUUUGUAAAGAAAACUAUGCUGGACCUAAUUGUGAAAGAUGUGCUCCUGGUUACUAUGGAAACCCCUUGCUGAUCGGAAGCACUUGUAAGAAAUGUGACUGCAGUGGGAAUUCAGAUCCUAACCUGAUCUUUGAAGAUUGUGAUGAGGUCACUGGCCAGUGUAGGAAUUGCUUACGCAACACCACUGGAUUCAAGUGUGAACGGUGCGCGCCUGGGUACUAUGGAGAUGCGAGGAGAGCCAAGAACUGUGCAGCGUGCAAUUGUGGGGGAGGCCCAUGUGACAGCAUAACCGGAGAGUGCUUGGAAGAAGGUUUUGAGUCCCCUACAGGCACGGACUGCCCAACCAUAAGCUGCGAUAAAUGCAUCUGGGAUCUGACGGAUGACCUUCGGUUAGCAGCGCUCUCAAUUGAAGAAAGCAAAUCCAGCCUGCUGAGUGUGUCAUCUGGUGCCGCAGCUCAUAGGCACGUGAACGAAAUCAACUCCACCAUCUACCUCCUCAAAACAAAAUUGUCAGAAAGAGAAAACCAGUAUGUCCUAAGAAAGAUACAAAUCAACAAUGCUGAAAACACAAUGAAAAGCCUUCAGUCUGACGUGGAGGAAUUAGCUGAAAGGGAAAGCCAAGCUUCAAGAAAGGUCCAGUUGGCUCAGAAGGAAAGCAUGGAUACCAUUAACCACGCAACUCAGCUUGCAGAGCAAGCCCACAAUAUGAGGGAUAAAAUCCAAGAGAUCAGCAGCAAGAUGCUGUAUUAUGGGGAAGAGCAGGAACUUAGCUCUGAGGAAAUCUCCGAGAAGCUGGUGUUGGCACAGAAGAUGCUUGAGGAGAUCCAACGCCGUCAGCCGUUCCUCACCCAACGGGAACUUGUGGACGAGGAGGCAGAUGAAGCCCAUGAAUUGCUAAGCCAGGCUGAGAGCUGGCAGAGGCAGUACAAUGACACUCGCUCUCUGUUUCCUGUGGUCCUGGAGCAGCUGGACGACUAUAACGCCAAGCUGUCAGACCUCCGGGAAUCACUCGACCAGGCCCUUAACCAUGUCAGGGAUGCUGAAGACAUGAACAGAGCCACAGCAGCCAGGCAGCGGGACCACGAGAAACAGCAUGAGAGAGUAAGGGAACAGACGGAAGGGGUGAACGCGUCUCUGAGGACGUCUUCCGACUCACUGAUGAUGCCACGACUGACCCUGUCAGAACUUGAUAGCGUAAUAAAGAAUGCAUCAGGGAUUUAUGCCGAAAUAGAUGGAGCCAAAAGUGAACUUCAAAGAAAACUAUCCAACCUGAGCAACCUCAGUCAUGAUUUAGUUCAGGAAGCUGUUGACCAUGCACGGAACCUUCAGCAAGAGGCUGAUGAGUUGAGCAGGAAUUUGCACAGUUCAGAUAUGAAUGGACUGGUACAGAAGGCUUUGGAUGCUUCAAAUGUCUAUGAGAAUAUUGCCAAUUAUGUUAGUGAAGCCAAUGAAACAGCAGAACAGGCUUUGAAUAUCACUGAUCGAAUUUAUGAUGCUGUGAGUGGGAUUGAUACACAGAUCAUUUACCAUAAAGAUGAGAGCGAGAACCUCCUCAAUCAAGCCAGAGAGCUGCAAGCAAGGGCAGAUUCUAGCAGUGAUGAGGCAGUGGUGGACACCAGCAGGCGCGUGGGUGGAGCCCUAGCAAGGAAGAGUGCUCUCAGAAAUAGAUUAAAUGAUGCCAUUAAAAGACUACAAGCCACAGAGAGAGGUGAUGCCCAGCAGCGCCUGGGUCAGUCCCAGCUGAUCACCGCGGAAGCUAACAAGACCACAAUGGAAGUCCAGGAGGCAACCGCCCCGAUGGCUAGCAAUCUAACCAACUGGUCACAGAAUCUUCAAAGUUUUGACUCUUCUGCUUACAACACUGCCGUGGACUCUGCCAGAGAUGCAGUUGGAAACCUGACAGAGGUUGUCCCUCAGCUCCUGGAUCAGCUUCGUACGGUAGAACAGAAGCGGCCUGCAAGCAAUGUUUCCGCCAGCAUCCAAAGGAUCCGAGAGCUCAUUGCUCAGACCAGAAGUGUUGCCAGCAAGAUCCAAGUCUCCAUGAUGUUUGAUGGCCAGUCAGCAGUCGAGGUGCACCCCAGAGCCAGCAUGGAUGACUUAAAGACCUUUACAUCUCUGAGCCUGUACAUGAAGCCUCCUCCUGUGAAGCAAUCGGAACUGGCUGUGACUGCAGAUCAGUUCAUCCUGUACCUCGGAAGCAAAAACGCCAAAAAAGAGUACAUGGGUCUUGCAAUCAAAAAUGACAACCUGGUGUACGUUUAUAAUUUGGGAACUAAGGAUGUAGAGAUUCCCUUGGACUCCAAGCCUGUCAGUACCUGGCCUGCUUACUUCAGCAUUGUCAAGAUUGAAAGGGUAGGAAAACACGGAAAGGUGUUUUUAACAGUCCCAAGUCUAAGUAGCACUGCAGAGGAAAAGUUUAUUAAAAAGGGGGAAUUUGCUGGAGAUGACUCCUUGUUGGAUCUGGAUCCCGAAGACACUGUGUUUUAUGUUGGGGGCGUGCCAUCAAACUUCAAGCUCCCUGCUAGCUUAAACCUGCCUGGCUUUGUUGGCUGCCUGGAAUUGGCCACUUUGAAUAAUGAUGUGAUCAGCUUGUACAACUUUAAGCACAUCUAUAAUAUGGAUCCCUCCAAAUCAGUGCCCUGUGCCAGAGACAAACUGGCCUUUACGCAGAGUCGGGCUGCCAGCUAUUUCUUCGAUGGCUCUAGUUAUGCCAUAGUGAGGGAUAUCACGAGGAGAGGGAAGUUUGGUCAGGUGACUCGCUUUGACAUCGAAGUUAGAACACCAGCUGACAAUGGCCUCGUGCUCCUCAUGGUCAACGGAAGUAUGUUUUUCAGCUUGGAAAUGCGCAGUGGUUACCUACAUGUGUUCUAUGACUUUGGGUUUAGCAACGGCCCUGUGCAUCUUGAAGACACAUUAAAGAAAGCUCAAAUUAAUGAUGCAAAAUACCAUGAGAUCUCAAUCAUUUACCACAAUGAUAAGAAAAUGAUUUUGGUAGUUGACAGACGACAUGUCAAGAGCAUGGAUAAUGAAAAGAUGAAGAUACCUUUUACAGACAUAUACAUUGGAGGAGCUCCCCCAGAAAUCUUACAAUCAAGGACCUUAAGAGCACAUCUUCCCCUAGAUAUCAACUUCAGAGGAUGCAUGAAGGGCUUCCAGUUCCAAAAGAAAGAUUUCAAUUUAUUAGAACAGACAGAAACCCUGGGAGUUGGCUAUGGAUGCCCAGAAGACUCUCUUAUAUCUCGCAGAGCAUAUUUCAAUGGACAGAGUUACAUUGCUUCAAGUCAGAAAAUAUCUUUUUUUGAUGGCUUUGAAGGAGGUUUUAAUUUCCGAACAUUACAGCCAAAUGGAUUACUGUUCUAUUAUGCAUCAGGGUCAGACAUGUUCUCCAUCUCACUGAAUAAUGGCACUGUAAUCAUGGAUGUAAAGGGAAUCAAGGUGCAGUCGGCAGACAAGCAGUACAAUGAUGGGCUGUCCCACUUCAUCAUUACCUCCGUCUCCCCAGCAAGGUAUGAAUUGAUAGUAGAUAAAAGCAGACUUGGGAGUAAGAAUCCUACCAAAGGGAAAGUGGAGCAGACCCAAGCAGGUGAAAAGAAGUUCUACUUCGGCGGCUCACCCAUCACUCCCCAGUAUGUUAAUUUCACCGGAUGUAUAAGUAAUGCCUACUUUACCAGGUUGGAUAGAGAUGUAGAGGUCGAAGAUUUCCAGCGGUAUUCUGAAAAGGUCCACACUUCUCUUUAUGAGUGUCCCAUUGAGUCUUCACCAUUGUUUCUCCUUCACAAAAAAGGAAGAAAUUCCUCAAAGCCUAAAACAAAUCAGAAUAAAAAGGGAGAGAAAAGUAAAGAUGCUCCUUCGUGGGAUCCUGUUGGCCUGAAAUUCCUAGAGAGGAAUAUUCCAAGAGACUCGCACUGCCAGCUUUCCAACAGCCCUAGAGCGAUAGAGCACGCCUAUCAGUACGGAGGGACAGCCAACAGUCGUCAAGAGUUUGAACACCUAAAAAGAGAUUUUGGUGAAAAAUCCCAGUUUUCCAUUCGUCUGAAAACACGUUCCUCCCAUGGGAUGAUUUUCUAUGUCUCAGAUCAAGAAGAGAAUAACUUCAUGACUCUGUUCUUAGCCCAUGGCCGCUUGGUUUUCAUGUUUAAUGUUGGCCACAAGAAACUGAAGAUUAGAAGCCAGGAGAAAUACAAUGAUGGACUGUGGCAUGAUGUGAUAUUUAUUCGGGAAAAGAGCAGCGGCCGAAUGAUAAUUGAUGGGCUUCGAGUCUUAGAAGAAAGUCUUCCCCCUACAGGAGCUGACUGGAAAAUCAGGGGUCCUAUUUAUUUGGGAGGUGUGGCUCCUGGAAGGGCUGUGAAAAAUGUCCAGAUAAACUCAGUCUACAGCUUCAGUGGCUGCCUCAGCAAUCUUCAGCUCAAUGGGGCCUCCAUCACCUCUGCUUCUCAGACAUUUAGUGUGACUCCUUGUUUCGAAGGUCCAAUGGAAACAGGAACAUACUUCUCAACAGAAGGAGGUUACGUGGUCCUAGAUGAGUCUUUCAAUAUUGGAUUGAAGUUUGAGAUUGCAUUUGAAGUCCGUCCCAGAAGCAGUUCCGGAACCCUUGUUCACGGCCACAGUGUCAAUGGGGAAUACCUAAAUGUUCACAUGAAAAAUGGGCAGGUCAUAGUGAAAGUCAACAAUGGCAUCAGAGACUUUUCCACCUCAGUGACACCCAAGCAGAGUCUCUGUGAUGGCAGAUGGCACAGAAUUACAGUUAUUAGAGAUUCAAAUGUGGUUCAGUUGGAUGUAGACUCUGAAGUGAACCAUGUGGUUGGACCCCUAAAUCCAAAACCAGCUGAUCACAGGGAGCCUGUGUUUGUUGGAGGUGUUCCAGAGUCUCUACUGACACCACGCUUGGCCCCCGGCAGACCCUUCACAGGCUGCAUCCGUCACUUUGUGAUUGACGGGCGCCCAGUGAGCUUCAGUAAAGCCGCUCUGGUCAGCGGUGCCGUGAGCAUCAACUCCUGUCCAGCAGCCUGACACAGCAGAGCCAUCCAAGCACAAAGUUCUUUAGAGCACUGAAAGAAACACAAGGCCAGCCAGGAGGAGUGGCAGUGCUUCCUCUCGGUAGAAGCUUUCAUCUAGUUGAGCAGGACUUAAAUGAGUCAUCAGGGACUGGAUGUUUAUUUCUUACUUGGAUUCUUACCGUGGAUCCAAGAUGUCUGCCAUGGAUAACAAUCAAAGGAGCGUUAAACUUACCUGUAUUUUAUAACUUCCUGCUGGUGAAAUUCCUGUUCCUGUUUCUAAUAAAAUAGAAGGGAUUCUAAAUAAACACUGGCACAUAUUUUUAAAGUGUGGCUAGAUCCUCAGAUUCCUCUUUCAUUUAGGGAUGAUAACAUUCAACUUAAACCAAACUGUCUUUAGUAUACGUCCUUUAUCCUGAAAAGAUUUACUGAUUUACAUAAAACCUAAAAUUAGAUGAUCAGAUUUGCUUUUACCACUUUGGUCUAUCAGGAUAGCAAGAAUAUUUUAGGUUUAUCAAGGUUUAAUAAAUUUCUAACAAAUUAUCAGAAUGGUAAUUUGUUUCCAGAUAAGAAAAAAAAAAAGGAUGCCUCAAUCAAAUAAAUGCUUACUUUUUUUCCCUUUACUUCCUUAAAAGAAAAAUAAAAUUGUGUGAGGAGAGGCUCUUGUAGGAUAUUGUUACAGUGCAUUUUGUAGGAAUCAUGAAAGACAUUAUAUAGCAAAGAGUAAGACAAAAUCACGCAUCCACUUAAAGUAUAAAAGUCCUUUUAUUAAAAGUUUUUCCCCACAUACCUGCAACACAAAUAGUCUUAUUUAUAAAAUGUUAUAAUCAUAUUAAGGUAUAUAUAGUAAUAAAAUCUAGAAAAGGAAAAAUUGGCUUUACUAGCUGAUAGGAUAUUAAAAUAUAGAAACUGAAAUAAAAGAAUUAUACAUGAAAAGAAAAUCAGCGUUGAAGACAAAAUGAGAAAAUAGGCCCUCUUAUCAACAGGACUGAAGGUAUGUAAGAAGAGUAACGGGGGUAUGGGGAGGAAGUAUAAAAUGUUUUGAGGAAUUACUAAGGGAAUAAAAUAAUCUCUUACAUAUAUAUAUGUAAUUAUUUACAUUCCCCUACUACCCUCAUGUCUCUGAUACAUUAAUAAUGAUGAUGAUGAUCAGUGAAAAUAGCUAAUAUCUACUCACAGAGGACUUACUAAGUGCCAGCCUCACAAUAAGGUAAAUUGAAGUAGGUUUCACUUGAUCAUCACACAUCCUACGAGGCAGCAUUUGCAGAUGAGAAACCUGAGAUUUAGAACUGUUAAAUAACGUGCCAGCUGUCAUUCAGCUAGACUGAGGAGCCAGAAUUGGUAACAGGACCGCUGCCUACCUCCAGAGCCAGCGUGAGUGUCCCCUUCCUUCUUGCCUCCAGGGGACUGUCUGCCAUCCAGCUGAGGCCAACCCUCAGCUGGUCUCCAAAGCUGGAGUCACAAACUCAACCACCUACCAAGCCAGAAAGGUAUCAUAAGAGUGAUGCUGGUUGGGUCUGACAGAAAAUCAAAAGGGCACUUGCCAAGGCUCAUCUAGAAGGGCAGCAGGUACUCGGCCAAUUAUUACUAUAAAAGAACACAAGUCUUAAAGGGCCAGAGUUUCCAAAAGAAGAUGGAAAUGUGAAAUUUGAGGGGUUGAAAUGGCCUGAUUUUUCAGUUAGUAACUAAUUAAAAACAACAGCAAUUAAAAUGACAAAAAUACUGGGCAGACCAAACAAAACCUUCUGAGAGCUAAGGGGCUCUGGGCUAAUGUGGUUUCUGGGCUAAAGAGUCUGAAUCCAGUAGGGCCUUAACUAGUAUAGGUUGAACCAAUGCUUCAAACACACUAAGCCCUCACAGUAUUUCCUACACUAGAUCCAAGCAGGAGGCAGUAGCUCUGAAACACCCUGCCAUUUUCUUUUCCCAAAAUUUUCCAGAGACAUCCUAGAGGGCCCUUCUGUCCCUUCAUUCUCAGCAGUGGCCCAAAGUCAACUCCAUCAGCCAAGCUAAAGACUGGCUGGACCUCCAGUAGCUCCAGCUGGUGUGUACACAGACUCACAUAUAUGCAGACUAGAACCACAAAAAUUCUUUUUUAAUAUCUUCUCUACAAUUACAAUGACAUUCAGAAACUUUUGAGUUUACCAUUUAUAAAAGCUUGAUUCAGUUCUUAGAUGGAACCCCAUCUUCUCUCAACUUCCGUCUAGGGAGCAGUUGUCCUUUCAUAGUAUAUUGGAAUUUCAUAUAGAGAAACAUGGAUGGAUGUUUGGAGUAAUUUUGACUGGUUGUCACUCAUGACCCCUGCCUGUUCAAAGCACCUUCAAAAUGAGGCCUCCCAUAGCCCAGGUUUGAAGGAGCAGCCCUAUUCGGGCCUGUACCCUACCGUCCUUAUCUCAUGGCCAUAGCUGAUUGGGAGAGGGCUUCACAGUGAAGCAACAUCCCAUUAUCGAGUGGUGUGAAAAGAUGAGUUCCAACAACUGAACAUUUUCUCAUGAAACUGUGACUUGCAAAACACAAAGUAUUGAGCACAUAGCAAUAAAAGCUGAAGCACAAAUGAUCUCAUCUAGAAGUAUGGUUUUAAGUGUUUACCAUACACAUUUAUAGACACACACUUCUCAUUCUAUAAACAUACAACAAUAUAUAUCCACCUACAGUCCAAAGGGUCGCAAAGAGCCAGACAUGACUGAAGCAACUUAGCCCACACACACCUUUUGUCCACUAAGAACCACCUCAGUUCUGGGCUCACAGUUUGUAAGGGGAUAUCUCAGAAGACACUGAGCUAUUUCUGUUCCCUGGGCCCUAUUUCCUUGUAUGUAACAUAGCAGUACAGGGUGUUAAGUAGGGUCUUUGCUUACCUUAAUCGGUGAAUACAGACUUCAACCAAGACCAUAAAGCAGUAAAUACACAAUUCAGGUUCACCACACUGAGGCGUGAAGCCAAUCCUUUCUCUUUAGGACUGGCUCAGAGACGUCAUUUCAGUAUAAGCAGUAAAACCACAAUGCCCCCAACAUACCACACACACAAACACACACACAUACAUACACACACACACACACACACACAGAGUCUGUGUAAAGAAAGGCAACAAUAGAGGUACUCUCCUGCGUGUCAGGUUUCAUGAAUUUUGUCUAUUAUCCACUGAUGUGUUGUAAAAACCUAGAACAGUACCUGACAUGUAGGUAUGUGCUCAAUAAAUAUUCUUCGAAUAAAUUUCAGGAAAGUAAGGUUUCCAUAAAAGUUACCCCCUCAUCUUGCCUCCCAAGGCAAUCACGUAUAAAGUACUUGGCAAUCUUCAAAAAGGAAAAAGUGAUACUGACUCCUCCACUUGGGUGCCCCUGAGCCCUACGGAUCUCUGAUUUACCUGAAUUUAUGCAGACAAUCCCUGGAGGAGGGCAUGACAACCCACUCCAGUAUUCCUGACUGGAGAAUCCUGUGGACAGAGGAAACCGACGGGCUACAAAGGGUUGCAAACAGUCACACAUGACUGAAGCGACUUAGCAUAGAGAGAAUUCCAAGGAAAAAAUGGCAUAUCAUAUCAGAGAGACAUGCGUUCCCUCAAGUCUUUAGUAACCUUUCAAGUCUUGAAAAGUAGACGAAAAUGUUGGCUACCAUGGAUAAGGUCACUCAAUCUAUAAACUUCAUAGCACCAGAAGACACCAUUCCCAGAGGAUACUACCGGGGGCAGGAUGGUGUGGGUACAGUUGUAGAUGAGUUUUAUAGGUGAAAGCCUGAUAAUCUGCCACAUCAUGGGAUGGGCAGGUUAUUUCCCCUCCUUGGAUGCAGUUUAGUUACUUGGAAUCAAUUUAAGCUUUGUUACGGCAGAUUCAGAGCAGCCUUCAGUCCAGAGCUAUCCUCCACUCCAGACCCACCCCCACUGAGGCAGUAUCUAACUGAUAUAUCAUUAAAUGAUUUUUCCACUAUGGUUGAAACACAAAUUAUUCCCAGCCUUGUAUGAGCUCGGAGGAAUUUUUCAUGACUCCUUUCUCCAUUCCCAUCACGCUUUCCCCAGCCUUGGGCAAUUUUCUUUAAUGGAUUUUGUUCUCUUCCUUUACGGAAUCUUAAAUUUUUGUUUGGCAGAUAAUUAAGUUACUCAUGAAUCACCUUGCUUCUCUCAAGUCUUAUUUUUAAGCUUUGUUAAUGUUCAUGUAUGUUAGUUUUUAGUCUACUGCUAGUUUAGACCUCCUACUAAGAUUUAUGACCUUUCUGAGAUCUCUAUUUAAUGCCACACAUGUUCACAAAGUCUUUCCAAUCUGGCUGGUUGGAAUUCAGACACCUCUCACCACUAUGUGAGCUCUCAGAGUUUCUCCAUUUAUAAAUCCCUGAUGAAAAGUUUUUAUUUCCACCUCAUGUAGCACACAUGCAUCUAAGUCCAUGUAACUAUAGCUAAUAAACCUUUAAUUUAAAAGGCUUAUGGAUAAGCCUUAUGUAAUGUAGGAAAGCAGACAAGAAACUGGGGAAACUAUCUGACACUAAAGUCAGUCUUCUGGAGAAAAGAAAAUUUUAUAGAAUGAAGUGUGGCAACCAUCAAGAGGAAAAGAAAGCAAGCUGAGUUUCUUGGAACCAUUACAAGAAGAAAAAGAAAACAGAAAACGCUGGCUUAGACCUCAAAACUGAACCUUAAGUCUAAUCAAAUAAAAUGAUCCAUCUGAAGUUUCUCAAUACUAACUAUAGACAAUUUCAAGAUGACUGGCUGGGACUUGAGGUAGAGUGUGAUGAGGAGACAUCAUUAUUCUUUGGGGUUAGAAUCAUAGCCUUGACCUCAUUAUAAUAAGUUAACCAAUAACCUGAGCUCCCUUAUGAUAGCAGUGCAUAUGCUUUGCAGAUUAACCAUGGACUAAGAAUCUCCUUUGGUCUUGGGUAUUAUUCCAAAAUGCAUAACCCACAGGGUUCCAUUUCUCACCCAGUAUAAUCAUUCCUACGCAGAACAUUAUCAAAAGAUGGAAACUGGCUUGGGGUAUUCAAGUGAAAGGGUUCAGCUAAGUAGCAAUUCAAAUAUAAGCAAAGGAAACCAGCCCAAAACACAUUAAGCGUUGAGGAUGAGCCCUUCCUGUCUGAUAAUCAAGGUGACUUAAGCUUCACCAUGAAUUAUUGAUAUUAAUGAUCCACUGUGAGCAAGAUGAUCUCGAAGGUGCUUUCUAACUGUGAAAUAUUAGUCUGUUUUAUCUAUCAAACAUAACUGAUGACUUAUCACUGCACACGUUUUACAGACUACAUUUCUGUCUUUCCCAACUAAAAGUAAAUAUUUCAACUAUUGUCAUCAUCCAAAGGUGCCACCACUUUUAUUUGUUUACCAGAUCAUAAGAUGAUCCUGGCCCAUUACCCUUGACCUAGUCAGACCUCUACAAAAGACUUAAUGGUGCUAUUUGGGAUGCAUUUCCUUGCUGCUUUGUGCAAGUGGCUUUCGCAUUGCUGCAUAGACAGUGAUGGGAACGUCGGUUAUUGUCAGGCAAUGACUUCCAGGGCAUCUUCGGAGUUGCCUAAAUAAAACAACAAAUGACAUGUAGUGAGAUAUAAAAAAGGAAAUUUUUUUCAGAGCACCAAAGUUUGAAUGCAUAUUCAGCUAAGUCAUUUUGAAAUCUCUCAAUGUCAGAAAAUAAUUUUAACACAGUGGCACUAACAGAGCAGACAUUUUAGACUUACAUUGCAAAGAAAAUGUUGCUAAAUGGUGUGCCAUACAUUUAAUCAAAGGAAAUUUAUAAAGAUAACCUUCCAUAUGUUCAUUCUGAAAGGUAUGCAGUGAUUACUUAAUAGCCAAGAAAAGUGAAGGGGGAAGUGCAUAGUUGUAAACCUAAGUGAUAAUACUAUGGCAAUUCAUAUGUAUAUGCAUCUUAAAAUCACUCCAGUUGAGUGAUUUAAAAACUAGACUAUUUGUGGAAAAAAUAUAAAACUGAACAUAUGACUCCAUGUACUACUCAAAUGUCGAUAGGAUCUCAAGUUUAAAAGAGCCUUAAAUGACAUCUAGUCUAAAAAUACACCAAGUGCUUGAAUUUCCUUUCCAACAUCCCCACCAAACAAUAACCCAACCUUAAACAUUUCUAAAGACUAGUGAUAACUAUUUCUCAAAGUCCUCUGUUUUAUACCUGAACAACUCUGAUGUUUAAAGUACCUCCCUUAUUAAGUUUAAAUUCGUGUUCUGAAAAUUUCCAAGCCAUGAGAAAUCAAUGUACUAUUUGCUAUGGUAAACAGCAGAAAAAAUCCUAUUAUAGUUUUCUUCAGUUUUGCAAAAAUGAUUUUGUUUCAUAGAAUCUUCACCUCUGUAUCACUUACCUUCUGCCAAAUGUCAAGUAAAAGCCAAAGUGACACUAAAUCUGAGGCCUGAGUUUUUUCAUAUUUUAUAGCCUUAUGCCUAGAACAGUGUCCUGCACAUAAACAACACUGAGGUUUGCUUAUUUGAUGGACAGCUAUAUAAUCUUGAAACUAUAAACAAAAAAAUCAAGAUAAAUAUUUACCCCCAAAAAAUGGUCUACCAUUCAGACUUACAGAGGUAUAAUACACAGACUCUAUGCUAAGAAAACCUAGGCUCUGUUAAGAUUAAUUUAAUGGGACUUCCCUGGCCGUCCGAUGGUUAACACUUCACCUUCCAAGGCAGGGGGUGUGGGUUCAAUCCCUGGUCAGGGACCUAAGACCCCACAUGCCCUCCAGUCAAAAAUGGAAACAUAAAACAGAAGGAGUAUUAUAACAAAUUCAAUAAAGACUUUUAAAAAAAUGGUCGACAUCAAAAAAAAAGAAAGCCUUUAUAAAAAAUACCAAUUUAAUAACAGCAAUAUUCCAGGGCUUCUUUCUUACUAACUGAAUGUUAACUAAAGCUCGUAUUGGUGAUAGCCAUAUAUGUCUCCUCAGUUAUUAGGGUAAGAAGACUUUUUACCUGGUUGGUGACAUCUCUUUCCCAUUACAGGCAGCACUGGAGCUCAGUCCAGGCUCCAGCCCAAUUGAAGAAUCUCCCCCUUCCACCGGAAACCUCCUUGGCUGAGUCCCAAACUGAAAAGGCAUAAUUCACUGAAAACC